ACAAUUGAUUUCAUCUGGUGGCGGUUUGGUCAUUUUCCGGCGAAGAUGACCACCCCUACAUCUUUCAACCUACAAUAUCAAGUGGACGAGGCAUAGGAUAUAAGGGCAAGGAUAUUUUAGAAUGUGCUCUCAAGCAUCGGUACGGGCACAUCGAUCAUAUUCCUUUUCCUCUCCAUAAAUAAUGUCUUCAAGGGCUGCCAUUAAACACUCACUCGGCUCCCUACAUCUUCUGCCACCACUUUUUCUGCUCUCACAAGAUUUGCUUCAAGAGAGAAAGAUGGUCAAGUUCUCUAAGCAGUUCGAAGGGCAGCUUGUCCCCGAAUGGAAGGAAGCUUUUGUUGAUUACUGGCAACUCAAAAUGGACCUCAAGAAAAUCCAUCUCCUUAACACCACUAACAGCAACACUGCCUCCAAUACUCAAACUACUUCUUUAGCCAAUAACCUCUUAUCUUCCAUAGGGAACUUCUCGUGUUUUGGUCGCCAACGUAGAGACCAUGGUGUCAUUCAAGUUCAUAAAAGACUCGCAGCUUCCGCUAGCAAAGGAGAUCUCUAUGAGACAGAAUUGCUAGAGCAGUUUGCUGAUACUGAUGCUGCGAAAGAAUUCUUUGCAUGUUUGGACAUGCAGCUUAACAAAGUGAACCAGUUUUAUAAAACAAAGGAGAAAGAGUUCCUGGAAAGAGGAGAGUCUUUGAAGAAACAAAUGGAGAUUCUCAUUGAGCUCAAAACUAUUCUCCAGCAACAGCAGCGCAGCAAAGGAGCUUCUGCACAGGACUCCAAGGAGGACGCCUCCAUUUCAUGCACUAUCUCAUGUGAGGAGGAUUCUGUUAAGGACAGAACAGACCAAGAACAAUUGCAAGACAGCUGCACAGAUGAAUUGGAUAGAAAUGAUGUGUCCUUUUCAGACUCUCCGAGAUCAGAUGAGAUGGGAAAAUCAAUAAGAAUGAAAAGAGAGGAUGGAAGAUUAAGAACACUCUCAGGUCGUGUUUUCAGUUGCCAGGGAAAGAACUUACGAAUAAACAUUCCUCUGACAACACCAUCUCGUACCUUCUCAGCUAUCAGUUACGUACUUUGGGACGAUUUAGUCAACCAGUCUUCAAAGAACUGUGGACCUGAAGGAACUAAGCUGCAUAUCAACAAGACAAAGUUGCAUCAUGCAGAGAAGAUGAUAAAAGGAGCUUUCGUAGAGCUCUAUAAAGCAUUGGGUUAUCUCAAAACUUACAGGCACUUGAACAUGCUUGCUUUCAUAAAAAUUCUGAAGAAGUUUGACAAAGUUACUGGAAAACAAGUUCUUCCCAUUUAUCUUAAAGUUGUUGAGAGUUCAUAUUUCAACAGCUCAGACAAGGUAAUGAAAUUAGCAGAUGAAGUUGAGGAUCUAUUUAUCAAACAUUUUGCUGAGGAAGAUCGCAGAAAGGGUAUGAAAUAUCUUAGACCACGUCAACGUAAAGAAUCACAUGCUGUAACCUUCUUCAUUGGACUCUUCACUGGGUGUUUCGUUGCCCUUCUUGCUGGAUAUAUCAUUAUGGCUCAUCUCACCGGGAUGUACAGAAGACAACCAGAUUCAAUCUAUAUGGAAACAGCCUACCCUGUAUUUAGCAUGUUCAGCCUGUUGUUCCUACACUUCUUUCUGUAUGGUUGCAACAUUUUCUUGUGGAGAAAAGCUCGCAUCAAUUACAGCUUCAUCUUUGAGCUAGCUCCCACCAAGGAGCUUAAGUAUAGAGAUGUUUUCUUAAUCUGUACCACUUCAUUGACAGCGGUUGUGGGAAUCAUGUUUGUUCACUUGUCACUGCUUACAAAAGGGUAUUCAUUCACCCAGGUUCAAGCAAUCCCAGGUCUCCUGUUAUUGAUGUUCUUAUUAUUGCUAGUCUGCCCCUUCAAUAUCUUCUACCAAUCAAGUCGAUAUUGUUUCCUUCGUGUGAUACGGAACAUAAUUUUAUCACCUCUCUACAAGGUUGUCAUGUUGGAUUUCUUCAUGGCAGAUCAGCUUUGUAGUCAGGUACCGAUGCUUAGGAACCUCGAGUAUGUGGCUUGUUACUACAUAACUGGAAGCUUCAAAACGCAAGACUACGGAUACUGCAUGAGAGCCAAGCAUUACAGAGAUCUUGCUUAUGCAGUGUCCUUUCUACCCUAUUACUGGAGAGCCAUGCAGUGCGCUAGGCGGUGGUUUGAUGAAGGACAGACAAAUCACCUUGUCAAUCUAGGUAAAUAUGUAUCAGCAAUGUUAGCAGCAGGGGCCAAAGUGGCCUAUGAGAAAGAACGGAAUAUCGGAUGGCUGUGUCUGGUUGUGGUCAUGUCAAGUGCUGCAACAGUGUACCAAUUGUAUUGGGACUUUGUAAAGGAUUGGGGCUUGCUUCAAAUGAAUUCCAAAAACCCUUGGCUAAGGAAUGAACUAAUGCUACGUCGAAAGUACAUUUACUACUUCUCCAUGGGAUUGAACCUCUUCCUCAGGCUUGCUUGGCUGCAAACUGUUCUCCAUUCAAGUUUUGGACAUGUUGAUUACAGAGUAACAGGCCUGUUUUUGGCGGCACUUGAAGUCAUUAGAAGAGGAUUGUGGAAUUUUUUCAGGUUGGAGAAUGAGCAUCUAAAUAAUGCUGGCAAGUUCAGGGCAGUCAAGACAGUACCACUUCCCUUUCAUGAAGUAGAUGAGGAAGACUGAUGCCCAUUGGCAAAGGUUGCUCUCAGAAUUCGAUUCGGGUCAAUGGAAUUCUUUUAUCGGUAGAAAUUUGCCAGGUGGAACCAUGUUGUUCUUGUUCUAGGUGACUAACAAGACAUCAACUUGCUUGUUAUUGUUCCAAGGACAUUGGAAAACAGUUUAUACUUGUAUACAAAUUCUUCAACAAGGAAUAGAAAUUGAUGCAAAUCACUUUCUGUUAUCAACCUGUUAGCAGCUUACUAGAUAAACUACUUAGGAAAACUCUUCCUCAGCGGCACGUUUGAUCAUUAAUGUGCUACAUAACAGAGUGGCUAGCUGAUGCCAUGUUACAUACAAGUGUGAAGCAAACAGAUACUAUGUCUGUAUACAUAGAUGCUAGAUUGAAUCUAAAUUCCAACCAACUGGCAAAUGAAAAUGAUCAUUUCAUUACCUUUUCCAAGAAAAGGGGAGGAAUUGUUCUCCAGAGAUGUUAAAAUUGAAAAACAAAAUCAACCUCAUGGCUGCACGGUAAAUAACUAAAUAAGAAUAUAAAAACAAUAAAUAAAUAAGAAAAACGAAAACCUGGUUCUCCGACUAUUAAUUACGGUACAUACUGGCACCGGGUAAGCUAAUUCAUACUUACUGCGAGUCCAACCCCAACAGCUACAGCUACACAAUACAAUGGCUUCAACAAUGUGUAAUAUCUUCUUCUUCUCUCUUUCCUGUCCAAAACUUACCUCUCACAAUCACAAACCCAUCGUUUCCCUUCCAUACUCCAACUCCUUCAACCCAAUUUCCAGCCCGAAAGUUGCACGUGCGUCGGCGGUGCCACCAAAGCGAGCAUAUCGGGUUUUGGCUUGUGAUUCUACAAUGGACCCGCAUGAAAAUAUGAAAAAUUCGAACUCGAAGAGGAGUGGGAUGUUUUCAAGUGGAUUUUAAGAUUCAAGAAAGCAUGUUGUGCUAGUGUUCUCCUUGCAGGAUGCAACUAUUGACAUAAAACUGCCAAGAAGAAGUUUGUUAGUUCAGUUCACUUGUGGCGAAUGUGGUGAAAGAACAGAAAGACUCAUAAACCGCUUGGCAUAUGAACGGGGACUUGUUUAUGUACAGUGUGCAGGAUGUCUCCAAUAUCACAAAUUAGCAGACAAUCUUGGCCUUGUGGUUGAGUAUGACUUAAGGGAUGAAAUGUAAAGACGGAUCAAGUUCAACCAGCAACACUGAAUGUAUGUAGUCCACAUUUUUUUCCUACUCAACCAGCAUCAUGACGGUUAUGAUUCAAAUUAAUCUUCAUUGUCAAUCAACCAUGUAAUAAUAGGAUAAGCAAUUAAAAAAUGCUACCAAUAUUUUGGUUUUUCAA